CUUUCCGGCCUCUUUGCGGCGCCACUGCCGGAUUUCACGGAGUACGUUCCUGCCGGGGGGCCGCGGGGUUGUGGCCGAGGCUGCGGCGGCUGGAAUGAGUCGCGCUCUCGGCGGAGACAGGGGACCGCGCCGGAGCCAUGGCCAGCACAGUGGUAGCAGUUGGACUGACCAUUGCUGCUGCAGGAUUUGCAGGCCGCUGUGUAUUGCAAGCUAUGAAACAUAUGGAACCUCAAGUAAAACAAGUUUUUCAAAGCCUACCAAAAUCUGCCUUCAGUGGGGGUUAUUACAGAGGUGGAUUUGAAACCAAAAUGACAAAACGGGAAGCUGCAUUAAUACUUGGCAUCAGUCCUACUGCCAACAAAGGAAAAAUAAGAGAUGCUCAUCGACGAAUUAUGCUUUUAAAUCAUCCAGACAAAGGAGGAUCUCCAUAUAUAGCAGCCAAAAUCAAUGAAGCUAAAGACUUAUUAGAAGGUCAAGCUAAAAAAUGAAGUAAACUUGAAGUUUUAAAUUUUCUUAUUAGUUAAUGUAUGAAUACCAAGUUUUUAUAAUAAAAUGCCUCAAAGCUACAAAUUUUAAUAAUUAUUUAGCACAAGCUAAGUCUAAGCUUUGGCAUAAUGAGGAUUCAAAAUCAGAUUAGUAGACUAUUUGGAAAACAAAUAUUUAAUGUGAAUAUUACUCUACUAAGUUUUAACCUACUUCAAGGCAAAUGGACAGGGUAUCCUCAAGGAGUCCCUGGUCUAGUGGCACACUAAAAUACAACAUGCCAAGAUGUCAAAAGGGUUCAAGUAGAGAUCAGGAAUCAAACUCCAGAACCCAUAUACUCCCCAAGCACAGAUAUCAGGUGUGCCCCAUUCCCCAGCGCUGCCAGGAGCCAUGAAUACUCUGGAGUGCCCCUAAACAACCUCAGGCUCCCCCUACCCAAAACCAUCAGGUAUAUCGUCCCCCCCAAACAAAUAUGGGUAAGGCAUGUGCUUUGCACAGCCAACCUAGGUUUGAUCCCCAGCACCACCUUAGGUCUCCUGAGCUCACCAGAGUGUAGAGACAGGAGUAAACUCUGCUGGGUGUGGUCUCUCCCACCCCUGAAAUACUUCUGGAAAAAAUAUGUAAUUAGCAGAUUAUGUGGACAUUUUGGGAUUAAAGGCUCAAAGAAACUUG